UGUGUUGACCCAACUUUUGGGAUUCAAGAAUUUUCCUGAAUAUAGUUCUCAUACUUUGAUAUCUUUCCUUUAUAUUAUAAACUGCAUGUAGGUUGAAUCAGUUCUUUGAACAUUCACAUUAUUUUUAUUUUCCUUUUGUUGAGACUCACUAUAACAAGAAGGAUCACAAAAUUCUGUAUUGCUUUACAUAACCAUGUCCUUUUUGUGUGUGUGUGUGUGUGUGUUUGUUUUAGGAAAAAAAAGGAGAAGGGGGGGGAGUUCACCAAUAUAAUGUUUUUAUUGUGUUGACCUAUUUUUACUUGACCUUUGAGCCCCAAGUUGUGUACCUCUCUCUUGAUGCUGACAAAAUUAUAUGUGGCAUGAUUAUGGAUGGAUAUAUUUCCAUACUCUGUGUUUUAUAUCUUCUUUGAACAAUACCUAGACAUAUGGAAGAUAGCGCUGAUCAACCUUGCUGUAGCACUAGGUGCUGUUUUUGUGGUUUGUCUGGUCAUUACAUCCAGCCUGUGGAGUUCAGCAAUCAUAUUGCUUGUUCUGGUCAUGAUAGUCUUGGACAUCAUGGGUGUAAUGGCGAUUCUUGGUAUUCAACUAAAUGCGGUUUCUGUUGUUAACCUUGUUAUGUCAAUAGGGAUUACAGUUGAGUUCUGUGUGCAUAUAGCACAUGCAUUCAUGGUAAGCACGGGGGAUAGGAGCCAAAGAGCAAAUUUCAGGUUGACUAUAUGUAUUGUUACACAUGAACUAGUGUGUGUGUACAGAGUAUCGGAGCACGACAUCAUGAAUUGUGUGAUAGUGAAUUAACAGGAUAGGCUAACUAGUGCCUAAGAUACGCAGAAAAUUAGAAAAUACAAAGAAAGGGGCAGCAGUAGGGUAGGGUUACACCUAAUUUUGAAUAACCGCCAGGCAAAGGCGAGUUUGUACAUAUGCCCUCUGAUCAGUAAAAAUACUCACAUAUUUGUUUAUAACCUCCAAACUAUC